AAUCACAGGAAUUUGAUCAGGAAUCAUGCAAUUCUGAAUAAUGCCUCAAUUGAAUAUAUCAAAGUCAAUCAUCCACGGAAACGAGUUCAUACAACCAUUUCAAAUAUAUAUGACUAGGGUUCUUCAUACCCAGAUGAAAAGAGAGAUUACUUCAUGGACAGUAGAGAAAAUACAAGUCUUGAAGGAGAGGACAUCAUGUGAAGGAUGAGAUUCUGCUCCAUGCUAGAAAUCGGCACGCUCAGGGUGAAAUAUCGAGCUCCAAAUACCUUAUAUGACUUCAAUCUCUUCCCAAGGUUGUUCUUUGUCACUUUCUCUCUCUAGGGCUCUCUCUUGCUGUUACAAAACUUAGAAAACCGGAUAACUGGCCAAAAUCCCGAGUUUCAGCCACUACAAGCAUUUUAGGUUGUUUUGACAACAUGUUUUGUCAAAAAUCAAAAUAAGUCUAAGUUUAUUUUGACAGAAUAAGUUGUCACAUGAUAGACCGUUAGUUACACAUGUUUUCACCCCUGUUCUUACACCGUUUGAGAGGUGGUUUCUCGUGUUUUAGACCGAUUUCACGCUAGGUUGUGCUUGUUUGUGAUAUUUCAGGUCCUGGCAAGUGAAUGAAGGUUUAGGAGCGAGUUCGGGGUGGAUUGGGUGAAGAUCGGGCGCGAGACAAGUCACAAGGGAGGUCACACGGGCUGCCCUGAAACUCGCACGGCCGUGUGAAGUAAUGGCCUGGCCGUGCGAGUUUUGCCGAGAGCACACACGGGCAGAGCAGAGGAUCGACACGGCCGUGCAAGUGGCCGGGUUGGCCGUGCCACAUUCUGCGAGAGCAAACACGGGCAAGAGGGGAUGUCCACACGGCCGUGCCAUUCUGGCCGUGCAAAGAGCCUGGAAUUCGAACUAAAUGAAACGAUGCGUUUUGACUCACACGGGCAACUGGGUGAGCUGCACGGCCGUGCCACCCUGGCCGUGUGAGUCGGGAUUUUCUCCUUUUAAGCAGAAUUUCAGCCACAAUUCGGGGGGAUUCGGGUUUUUGAGAAAGAUAGCGAUUUCUAGAGAGAGAAAGCAACGAACAAGAGUCUCCAAGUGCCCUAGAUUGAUCUUCAACACCAUUGGAGGCCAUUUGGAGCUUGGAGAAGUGCCAAUCAACGUCCAGAAGCAGGAAUCCAUCCUUCGCAGUAUGAAUUCCGUGUCUGAUUCUGCUUUUGCUUUCUUCUCUAUGGAGUAGUUCUCCCAUUCAUCUGGGUAUGGAGAACCCUAGAUUUGUAUGUUAGGCUUUGAUUGUAUGAACCCAAGUACUGAUUCUGUGAUUGAUUAUAUUCGAUUGAGGUUUUAAUGAUUGAAUGACUUGAAUCCUGAUCAAAUUCCUGUUGUUUCUGCUUUAACCUAGAAUGAGAAUAUCUGACUAGGUUAAUAGAGUAUCCUUGAUUGAAGGUAGAGAGUUGGUGACUUUAGUCGAGGAACCAACUCACUAUUCUGUACCGGAUUUACUCCGGUAGUGGAGGUUUUGUUCUUAGGGCCUCAAUCUGUCUACUCCGGUGGAGGUUAGUCGCCCGCUAGAGAUUCAGAUUGAGAGGGUCUGAAGACCUUUAGUCGAGACUUCAGGCUGUUUAAGAACCUUCCGCAGUAUAACUUUCAUAGAAACUGAACUUGGUAAUUACAAUCCGGCUUAACUGCAGUCUAGGGGGAACCAUAUCCAGGUGACCUCUCUCAACCUGAAUACAACAGUUUACUUGCUUUGUUUGUUUGGUAGUUUAGACUUGCAUUCCAGUUUCAUUGCUAGAUAACAAGAAUUCACUGAGUAGUCAUCACAUCUAGGACCCGGGUUGACAAUUAAACCUAAACCCGCUAUACUACGCUUUAGGAAGUGGUUGCACUUGGCCAAUUCCUGGAGUGACAGCAGAGUCGAGUCAUCACACUUUUAGUCAAAACUACCUCAUCGGAAUAAAUAAGUCUUAAAUAA